AUGGCGCAAGCGAGUCCUAUCACAGACGUGACCCAACGGUUAUUUGCGGAUCUGAAGUCGAAGAACGAUGAUAUCAAGGCCCGAGCUGCCUUCGAGCUCCACGACAAUGUGGUUGCCGUCUCACGAGAUUGGCCCUCCGAGAAAUUCAACGAGUUUUACAACGCCGUCAGUCAGCGGAUCGCGCAGCUGGUGGUGACUGGCAGCGACGCCAAUGAACGAGUCGGUGGUCUUCUUGCGCUCGACCGUCUGAUCGACUUUGAUGGGGUGGACGCCGCCCAGAAAACCACUCGAUUUGCUAGCUAUCUUCGAAGCGCCCUCCGAAGCAACGAUAAUGCGGUCUUGGUGUGCGCGGCCCGAUCGCUGGGACGGCUGGCUAAACCUGGCGGGGCACUCACGGCGGAGUUGGUAGAGAGCGAGAUCCAAUCCGCUUUGGAAUGGCUCCAGUCAGAGCGUCAGGAAAGUCGACGAUUUGCUGCAGUCCUCGUGAUUCGGGAGUUAGCCAAGGGUUCCCCAACACUUCUGUAUGGCUUCGUGCCUCAGAUUUUCGAGCUCGUGUGGGUUGCACUUCGAGACCCGAAAGUGCUCAUCCGAGAGACAGCUGCACAGGCUGUGGGAGAAUGCUUCGAGAUCAUCGUCGCUCGAGACUCAUCUGUCCGCCAGUCGUGGUUCGCGAGAAUCUAUGAAGAGGCGCUGCUGGGACUGAAGUCCCAUAAUAUGGAUUGGAUCCACGGAUCACUCCUCAUUUUGAAGGAACUGUUCCUCAAAGGCACGAUGUUCAUGAAGGAGCAUUAUCGCAAUGCCUGUGAGAUUGUGCUCCGCCUCAAGGAUCACCGAGAUUCCAAGAUUCGCAACCAAGUCGUCCUCACCAUCCCUAUCCUCGCGUCCUAUGCCCCCGCCGACUUCAUCGAAUCCUAUCUACACAAAUCUAUGGUCUACCUCCAGGCCCAACUCAAGAGAGAGAAGGAAAGGAACGCCGCUUUUGUUGCUAUUGGUAAGAUUGCCAAUGCAGUGGGACCUGCCAUUAGUGGAUACCUUGAUGGAAUCAUUAUCUACAUCCGCGAGGGACUCGCAAUGAAGGCGAGGAACCGGACAGGAGUCGAUGAAGCUCCUAUGUUUGAGUGUAUCAGUAUGCUCUCGCUAGCCGUCGGACAAACCCUCAACACCCACAUGGAGCAGUUGCUUGACGCCAUCUUUGCAUGCGGUCUUAGCAAAUCACUGACACAGGCUUUGGUCGAUAUGGCCCACUACAUCCCUCCCAUUAAGCCCGUUAUCCAGGAUAAACUUCUCGACAUGCUGAGCAUCAUACUCUGCGGCACGUCAUUCCGACCACUUGGCUGCCCUGAAAACCGACUGCCGCCUAUGCCCGCAUUUGCAAGGGAUUUCGGCCCCCAAGAAAGCUACUCUGAUGCCGAAAUCGCCCUCGCUCUCCACACUCUGGGAAGCUUCGACUUCUCCGGUCACAUCUUGAACGAAUUCGUUCGCGAUGUUGCCAUCAACUACGUGGAGAAUGACAAUCCCGAAAUCCGAAAAGCAUCGGCCCUCACAUGUUGCCAGUUGUUUGUCCACGACCCGAUCAUCAACCAGACUAGUGGCCACUCAAUUCAAGUUGUCAGUGAAGUCAUUGACAAGUUAUUGACGGUUGGUAUCGGUGACCCGGACCCUGAGAUUCGACGCACAGUUCUUUGGUCCCUGGAUAGGAAGUUUGAUCGCCAUUUGGCUCGCCCUGAAAAUAUUCGUUGCUUGUUCCUCGCGGUGAAUGACGAGGUCUUUGAAGUCAAGGAAGCUGCUAUCUGCAUCAUCGGCCGUCUGUCUAGCGUGAACCCAGCUUAUGUCUUCCCCCCUGCGGAAGCUGCUGGAUUUGCCAACACUGCCCGCCAAAAGGAAGAGACUGCUCAGCUCAUCAGCUUGUUUGUCUCCAACGCAACAAAGUUGAUCAGAUCGUAUGUCGACCCCAUGGUCACGGCGCUGCUUCCCAAAACAACGGAUGGUAAUCCAGGCGUCGCCGCAACCACACUUAAGGCUGUGGGAGAGCUUGCCAACGUUGGUGGCCCCGAGAUGAGACGUUAUCUGCCACAGAUUAUGCCCAUAAUUUUGGAGUCGCUUCAAGAUCUUUCCUCCCAUACCAAGCGCGAGGCGGCCCUACGAACCCUUGGUCAAUUGGCUGGCAACGCUGGAUAUGUGAUCGACCCGUAUCUCGAGUACCCCCAUCUACUUGACGUCUUGAUCAACAUCAUCAAGACGGAACAGACAGGGUCCUUGCGGAAGGAGACAAUCAAGCUCGUGGGUGUACUUGGUGCUCUCGAUCCCUACAAGUACCAGCAAAUCAGUGACGUGGAACCCGACGUUCACCAUAUCAACGAGGUUCAGAAUCCCUCGGAUGUUGCCUUGAUCAUGCAGGGUCUUACCCCAUCAAACGAGGAGUAUUAUCCCACGGUGGUUAUCCAUACAUUGCUCCAGAAUAUCCUCAGAGAAAAUUCCUUGGUUCAAUACCAUUCUGCAGUGAUUGAUGCGAUCGUUACCAUCUUCAAGACUCUGGGCUUGAAGUGUGUUCCAUUCCUAGGACAGAUUGUUCCCGCAUUCAUUUCGGUUAUCAGAAGCUCCCCUGCUAGCCGACUCGAGUCUUAUUUCAACCAGAUGGCUAUCUUGGUUAACAUUGUCCGUCAGCACAUUCGUGCAUUCCUGCCUGAAAUCAUCGACGUGAUCCGUGAAUUCUGGGAUGCGUCGUAUCAGGUACAGGGUACGAUUUUGUCCUUGGUCGAGGCUAUUUCCAGGUCCUUGGAGGGAGAGUUCAGAAAGUACCUUGCUCGGUUGAUACCUCUCAUGUUGGACACCCUUGAGAAGGACACUACACCCCGCCGCCAGCCAUCGGAGAAAAUCCUUCAUGCUUUCCUGAUUUUUGGCUCUAGUGGAGAGGAAUACAUGCACCUCAUAAUCCCCGCUAUUGUGCGUCUCUUUGAACGACCACAGCACCCCCAGAGCAUUCGCAAGUCGGCCAUUGAUAGCUUGACGAAGCUGUCUCGCCAAGUUAAUGUCUCCGAUUUCGCUUCCCUCAUGGUCCAUGCUUUGUCCCGGGUCGUGGCCACUGGUGACCGUGUCUUACGUCAAGCUGCUAUGGACUGCAUUUGUGCCCUGAUCUUCCAGCUUGGCCAGGACUUUACCCACUACAUCCACCUUCUGAGCAAAGUCCUCAAGCAGCACCAGAUCACUCAUGUCAACUAUCAGAUCUUGGUGACAAAGCUUCAGAAGGGCGAUCCACUUCCGCAGGACCUCAACCCCGAGGAAAACUAUUCCUUCCCCUCUGAUGAUACGAAUUUUGCGGAGAUCGGACAGAAGAAGAUCGUUGUCAACCAGCAACAUCUCAAGAAUGCCUGGGAUGCUUCUCAAAAGUCCACCCGUGAAGAUUGGCAGGAAUGGAUUCGCCGCUUCAGCGUUGAGCUCCUGAAAGAAUCGCCCUCGCCCGCAUUGCGAGCAUGCGCCAGCUUGGCAGGUAUUUACCAGCCUCUGGCCAGAGAUCUUUUCAAUGCUGCCUUUGUGUCUUGCUGGACCGAGCUGUACGACCAGUAUCAAGAAGAACUGGUCCGCUCCAUUGAGAAAGCCCUAACCUCGCCAAAUAUCUCACCCGAGAUUCUGCAGAUUCUCCUCAACCUGGCCGAAUUCAUGGAACAUGACGAUAAGGCUCUCCCCAUCGAUAUCCGCACGCUAGGCAAGUAUGCUGCUAAGUGCCAUGCGUUUGCUAAGGCGUUGCAUUACAAGGAACUCGAGUUUGAGCAGGAUCAGAACUCCGGCGCCGUCGAAGCUUUGAUUACCAUCAACAACCAGCUGCAGCAAUCCGAUGCAGCAAUUGGUAUCCUGCGGAAGGCACAAGCAUACCGUGAUGUGGAGCUGAAGGAAACGUGGUUCGAGAAGCUGCAGCGCUGGGACGAAGCUCUCGCUGCCUACAAACGGCGCGAGAAGACGGAUCCGGACUCCUUCGGCAUCACUAUGGGCAAAAUGCGUUGUUUGCACGCUCUCGGUGAAUGGAAAGUACUUUCCGAUCUUGCGCAAGAGAAAUGGAACCAGGCCUCGCUGGAGCACCGCAGAGCCAUUGCUCCCCUUGCUGCUGCCGCUGCAUGGGGUCGUGGUCAGUGGGAGCUGAUGGAUUCGUACUUGGGUGUCAUGAAAGAACAGUCCCCCGAUCGAUCCUUCUUCGGCGCCAUCCUUGCCAUUCAUCGCAAUCAGUUCGACGAGGCGAACAUGUACAUCGAGAAAGCACGAAAUGGUCUUGACACUGAACUUUCGGCCUUGCUCGGAGAGUCAUACAACCGGGCAUACAACGUUGUUGUCCGCGUCCAGAUGCUUGCCGAACUGGAGGAGAUCAUCACCUACAAGCAACAUGUAGGCGACCCCGAGAAGCAAGAGGCCAUGCGCCAGACUUGGAACCAGCGCUUGCGGGGAUGUCAACAAAACGUGGAGGUAUGGCAGCGCAUGCUCAAGGUCAGAGCUCUGGUCACUGCGCCUCGGGAGAAUUUGGACAUGUCCAUCAAAUUCGCCAAUCUCUGCCGCAAGUCCAACCGCAUGGGCCUUGCAGAACGAUCUCUCGCAUCCUUGGAGACAGUUAUCAGAGAUGCUAAUGGCACGCGCACCAUUGUACCUCCCGAGGUGACCUACGCACGAUUGAAAUUCGGUUGGGCUACUGGAAACCAGCAUGAAGCAUUUGAGGAGUUGAAACGAUUCAAUAUGGAACUUAGUGAGGACCUUGCGAAGUUCAACUCCCUUAUCGCUUCACAAAGCGAGAACCACGGAAUGAACGGUGUCAACGGCAUCGCAGACCCCAACCACCCAGAUGCUGUUAGCCUUCGAGAGCGGGUCGGUGAUGUAGGAAAGUCUAGGAAACUUCUUUCCAAGAGCUACCUCAGACAGGGAGAAUGGCAAAGAGCCCUUCAAAAAUCGGAAUGGGAACUCGACAAUGCUCGUGAGGUUCUUAGCGCCUACUCGGCAGCCACACAGUACAAUCGCGAUUCGUACAAGGCCUGGCACGCUUGGGCUCUUGCCAAUUUCGAGGCGGUACAGACCAUCGAAAGCCACGUCAAACAAGCGAAGCAAGCCAAGCAAGCUCAAGCCAAGGGUGACGAGAAGCUGCCUGUGCCUGUACCGCUUCCUCCUGGAAAUGUCCUUGACUAUGUUAUCCCCGCCAUUCGUGGUUUCCUGCGGUCAAUCGCCUUGUCUUCCGCAUCCUCUCUACAGGACACACUGAGAUUGCUGACCUUGUGGUUUGCACAUGGUGGCGAUCAUGAAGUCAACACCGUUGUCACCGAAGGCUUCACUACGGUCAACAUUGACACUUGGCUUUCUGUCACACCGCAACUUAUCGCCCGGAUCAACCAGCCCAACAUCAGAGUCCGCGGUGCCGUUCAUAGACUCCUUGCUGAAGUUGGCAAGACCCAUCCCCAGGCUCUGGUGUAUCCGUUGACAGUUGCCAUGAAAUCCAACGUCGCCCGACGCUCCCAAUCCGCGAGCAAUAUCAUGGAAAGCAUGCGUCAACACAGCGCCAAGCUUGUCGAACAGGCCGACCUGGUGAGUCACGAAUUGAUCAGAGUAGCGGUUCUGUGGCACGAGCUGUGGCAUGAGGGAUUGGAAGAGGCUUCUCGUCUCUACUUCGGUGAUCACAAUGUGGAGGGUAUGUUCGCAACACUUGCACCUCUUCAUGAUAUGCUUGACAAGGGUGCCGAAACUCUUCGUGAAGUUUCGUUUGCCCAAGCCUUUGGUCGCGAUCUUGCAGAAGCCAAACAUUACUGCAUGCUCUACCGCCAGACAGAGGAAAUUGGUGAUUUGAACCAAGCCUGGGACCUUUACUACACCGUGUUCCGUAAGAUUAGCCGACAGCUCCCGCAAUUGUCGAUCCUUGAUCUCAAAUACGUCUCUCCUCGCCUGAAGGAUUGCUCCGGCCUGGAUCUGGCCGUGCCCGGAACAUAUCAAAGCGGUCGGCCGAUUAUUUGCAUUGUCAGCUUUGACCCGAUUUUGCACGUUUUGCAGACCAAGAAGCGACCAAGACGUAUGACUCUCACGGGUAGCAAUGGUCUCUCCUACAUGUAUGCACUCAAGGGUCACGAAGAUAUUCGACAAGACGAGAGAGUUAUGCAACUCUUCGGGCUGGUCAACACUCUUCUGGACAACGAUAGCGAAAGCUUCAAACGCCAUUUGUCUGUUCAGCGUUUCCCCGCUAUUCCGUUGUCGCAGAGUUCUGGCCUGCUCGGAUGGGUGUGUAAUAGUGAUACACUGCAUGCUCUCAUCAAGGAGUAUCGCGAAAGCCGCCGUAUUCUGCUCAACAUUGAGCAUCGGAUUAUGCUUCAGAUGGCGCCGGAUUAUGACAGCCUCACUCUCAUGCAGAAGGUCGAGGUCUUCGGGUAUGCCAUGGACAACACCACCGGUAAAGAUCUCUAUCGGGUGCUGUGGCUCAAGAGCAAGAGCUCUGAGGCCUGGCUUGAGCGACGCACCAACUACACCCGGUCGCUCGGUGUCAUGUCCAUGGUCGGAUAUAUCCUUGGUUUGGGUGAUCGCCAUCCUUCGAACUUGUUGCUUGACCGCACGACUGGCCGCGUGGUUCACAUCGAUUUCGGUGACUGUUUCGAAGUUGCCAUGCACCGCGAGAAAUACCCCGAACGGGUUCCAUUCCGCCUUACUCGCAUGUUGACUUUCGCUAUGGAAGUGAGCAACAUUGAGGGAAGCUACCGCAUUACGUGCGAAGCCGUUAUGCGUGUUCUUAGGGAGAACAAGGAUUCCCUCAUGGCUGUUCUUGAAGCCUUCAUCCACGACCCCUUGAUCAAUUGGCGCUUGGGUGCACAGGAGUCCCCCGAUCGGACGACUCUUACCGCCGAACGUCGCCAGUCGCUUAUGGAGGGUCUCAAUUUCGAGCAUAUGCAGUCGAACAGCGUAUCUCGCCCCCGCCGACCAUCACUCUUAGACACCGGAAUUCUUGACAUCCCAGACGGUGGAACUGAGGCUCGCGAGGCACAGAAUGCCCGCGCCCUCCAGGUCCUUGCCAGAGUCAAGGAAAAGCUGACUGGUGCUGAUUUCAGACAGAAAGACGAGCUAAAUAUCAGUGACCAGGUGGACAAGCUACUUGCACAGGCCACCAGCGUGGAGAACAUCUGUCAGCACUGGAUUGGCUGGUGCAGUUUCUGGUAA